UCCACUCUUCAUCUCAUAGCAAACUUUAAGGCAGAGAGAUACAUACAAAUACACAUACAUAUACAUUCACGUACUGAUAAUGGAUAUGGCUCUCCAAACCCUCGUCGUCUUCUCCCUCCUCUUCGCCUCUAAAGCAGCAGCCCAGCCAGAGUUCUGCGUCGGGGACCUGUCAGCCCCAGCAACUCCAGUGGGCUUCCCUUGCAAAAACCCCAAGAAUCUCACAGUGGACGACUUUGUCUUCUCAUCAGCCCUCGCGGCGCCGACCAACACCUCGAACGCUAACAAAGCAGGUGCUGCCGUGUUAUUCUUGACCCAGUUUCCGGCCCUUAAUGGGCAGGGCACAUCUAUGGCCCGCUUUGACUUAGACGUUGGAGGGGCAUUCCCCAUGCAUAGCCACCCGGGCGCCUCGGAGCUCGUGCUCGUGAUGGAGGGCACCAUCAAUGCUGGGUUCAUCUCGUCGGCCAAUGACGUUUACUCCAAGAAACUUACGAAGGGCGACGUCAUUAUUAUCCCUCGAGGGCUAAUGCACUAUGUAGUGAAUUCCGGUAAGGGCCACGCUACGGGCAUUUUGAGCUUCAGCAGCCCAACUCCGGGAUUUCAGACAACGAGCAGGGCACUGUUCGGGAACAACUUGCCCACCGAAGUGGUGCAGGCAACCACCUACAUCGACCAAGACCAGAUCAAGAAGCUCAAAGCUGCUUUUGGCGGCACGAAUUAAUUGAGUUCUCAAUUCCCUCCGGAUUGCUCAUUGAUUUACAAGUUUUCAUAUGUAUCGUUCUAAUUCCCCUCUAAAAAUUAUAACUCUUCGAUGUAAUAAACAUAACUUUUUGAUGUGUUCGCAGCUGAAAACAUAGUGUGUAGAAAUUGAUCAGAGGAUGAUCCAAGUCUCGUUUGAUACCGAAGACUGGAAUCUUAAAAGUUGAAACACACCGCCGAGUCCAUGGCAACGAAUCAAAACUUUUAUAACCGGAAUAUAUAUACCGUGAUAGUUAAUUUCUGGCAA